AUGGCAUUAGCUCACCAGUGUAAAAUAGAUGAUGAGCAGUCUAUCGCAAUUACCAAAAGAAUUGGAAAUAAUAGAAAUGAAUUGGGUACUUACUAUAUGACUUUAGCAGCAGAAAUAUCAUCUAAAGAUGAGCCAUCACUUAAAGCUGCUGAGAAAGCUUGGAAAAAAAGUGCUGCAUUCUUUGAAGCUGGCAUUAGAACUUUUGAGACUAUUUCUGAUCGGCCCAAUAUUGCCUUACUAAAUAGUAAUAUUGGACGGCUGUUAAGGUUAUAUGUUCAUUCUAUUGGAAUUCGAGAAUCAAAGCAAAGAGAAAAAGCAAGGCAAGUUACAGAAGAAGAAAAAAUGUAUAUGUAUAAGGCAAUAGAAGCAUACAUUCGAGCUAUAAACGUCUUGGGAGUCCGGAAAAACUAUGUGCAAAUUUGGGACUCAAUUCGAGAUCAGUUAUGCGGAACGUAUCGAAUUCUUGCUACCUUACUUCAGGAAUAUCCUCCUUUGGCUUAUAUGAGCAUAGAAGAGAUUGUGGAUGAACAACGUAUUAGGCAUUUUAGAACUCUAGCGAAUCGAUAUUAUGAUAAAUCAUUGACCCUCAUUAAGCCCGAUACAGAUGUGAUGGCAUGUCUUCGGAUACAUUUGGAACAGUGUGCUCUGAAAAGUCUUGAAGUGGAAAAUAUUAGCCCGAGCACCAGACUGAGAACGUUAGCAAGUAUCUUGAUCAAAUUCAAAGAUACGAAACCGCUACUGGAUCACAUUUCGUCGAAAAUUGAUGAUAGAAAGAAGCGAAAAUCGACCUCGAAAAUUAUCCAGGAGCAAGAAAGUGGUACACAAAUACCAGUUAAUCUUCAAACCCGGAGUUUUCAAUAUGAUGAUUUGACGAAGUUGCUAGGCCUUGUUAUGAAGCAGACUUUAACAACUUUAAGAAAUAUGCUUUUAGCUGCCAAUUCUUGUAAGAAAAGAGAUCCCAAUUUAAUAUUUCGCUUGAAAGACCUUUAUGGAAAAGUGUUGAGUAUAAAAAUUAAUAAAGAACAGAACGUGGAUUUGCCGGAAAGGCUGAACGAAUUAAAAGAGGCUUUUGGCUACGUCACAGAUUCGAAGCUAUGCGAUAUGAUGAACUGA